GUCGAUUUUCCUACUCAAUGUCUAUUAGCGGUUUCGAUAAGUCUUUUGAACACGGUAGAGGUGAUUGCGACACAAAAAUACACCUGACCAAAGCGCAUUUAGAAGAUGUUAAGGACUAUAGUGUUACUGAGUGUUUUGGCGCUUAGCUGGGCUGAUGAUGUUAAUCCAGGGCCGAAACCUCCAUGUCCAACUGAUUGGUCGCAACAGGGCUAUUUUGCCACCGAAAAUUGCGCCUACUUCUGGCAGUGCUCCAAUGGAGUCCCCUAUUUGAUGCCAUGCGCUCCGGGCACUCAUUGGAGCCAGGAGAUACUCACAUGCGUUCAUAUUGCAACCUCAACUUGCACUGGACAAGGAUGGUCCAGUAGUGAGGCUCCUACAACCUCCACCACUACUCCUACCACCACAACAACACGAACCACCACUACUUCUCCUACUACCACAACAACUCCUACAACUACAACCACUCCCACUACUACCACAACCCCCACUACCACCACAACCCCCACUACCACAACAACUCCCACUACUACCACAACCCCUACUACCACAACUACUCCUACAACUACAACCACCCCCACUACAACUACUACUCCCAAAACCACCACAACCCCCACUACCACAACAACUCCUACAACUACAACCACUCCCACUACUACCACAACCCCCACUACCACAACAACCACUCCCACUACUACCACAACAACUCCUACAACCACAACAACGCAAGAGCCUGAAGUUGAAACGGAAUCCCCAGUUUUACCAGGAGAGUGUCCUGCAGUAGACGGUCCAGACUCGGUCUACCUCCCUGAUCCAGAUUGCACGAAAUUCUGGCAGUGCUCCAAUGGAGUGGCCAUCCAGCACAGUUGCCCGGCAGAACUGCACUUCAACCCCGUUUUGAAUGUGUGCGAUUAUCCGGAACGGGCUGGCUGCGGCGGCAGUGCAGCACCGAACCCUCCCACAACUACUACAGAUGCAGCACCAACCCCUACAAAUGCUCCUACCACUGAAGAAGCUGCCACGACUACAGAGGACGCGCCAACGACCACAGAUUCUGCAACAACUGAAGAACCGACCACUACAAAUGCUCCUACCACGACUACAGAGGACGCGCCAACGACCACAGAUUCUSCAACAACUGAAGAACCAACUACUACAGAAGAAGAAGUACCAACCACUACAGAGGAAGAAGUWCCAACCACUACUGAAGAGCCAGCGACCACUACAGAAGAAGAAGUUUCAACCACAGCAGAGGCGUCAACUACUGAAGAMCCUGCCACAAGUGAACCGCCCACCACGACAGAGGAAGAAGCCCCCACCACCGAAGAAUCUUCAACCACUGAACUACUAACCACUCCAAGUGUCCCCACUACUGAAGCCCCCAUCGCCCCAGGAGAAUGCCCAGCAGUCGAUGGCGAUGACUCGGUCUACUUCCCAGACCCAGACUGCACCAAAUUCUGGCAAUGUUCCAAUGGAGUGGCGAUCCAACAUAGUUGUCCGGCAACUCUGCACUUCAACCCCGUUUUGAACGUGUGCGACUACCCAGAGAGCGCCGGAUGUGGGGUAGACAGCGUGCAAACCACUACAGAAGCUCAAGUUCCUACCCAGUCUGUUGAAGAUGGGACUACAGAAGGCGUAGAGGAAAGCACCACGGCAUCUGGAAGCGGAGAUGAAACGACCACAGAGGGUGGAAGUGGUGAGGAAGCCACCACGGAGGCUGGAACUCUAGAUGAAACGACUACAGAGGUUGGAAGCGGUGAGGAAGCAACCACGGAGGCUGAAAGUUGGGAUGAAGCAACCACAACGGAGUCACCCGAUGAGGAUGAGUUGUGGGAAACAACGGAGAAUGUUGCAUCUACAGCCUCAGUUCCGACUACCACUACGACCAUCCCAGUAACCAACACGAACCGACCAACUGGUUCAAAUGAAUGCGCUCCUACAGUGUGCACUUGCACAUGUGAAGUGGCCACCGACGAGCCCUCAACCACCUCCAUUUGGACCACCGCCCCCACUCAACCUGCCCCAGUGGAUAAGGAAACCACCUUGUCAACCAGAAACGUUGUGACUACCACAGUGGUAGACACUCAAACUCCUACAGAAGUGAUUGAGGAUGAGACUACUACCAUUGCAGAUGAUGCAGGCGGAUCUACUUCGGAAGAAGGAACCACUGAGAUUGCUGAUGAAGCAACUACUGAAGCUGAUACUACCUCCGGUGCCAAUAGCGAGGCAACUACAGCAGCAGGUGAAACUGAAUGGACCACAGUAGACGAUCUAGCAACGGAAGUUGAUGAUUCACAAAGUGAAGCUGAAACUACCACUGAAGGCUCAGCAACUGUAUCACCUGGAGCUCCAGGAGAAUGUCCACCGGUCGACGGCGAGGAUUCAGUCUAUUUUCCUGAUGCUGACUGCACCAAGUUCUGGCAAUGUUCCAACGGAAAAGCGUAUCAGCAAACUUGCCCCGCAGGAUUGCACUUCAACCCCACUUUGAACGUUUGCGACUACCCCUACAGGGCUGGAUGCAAUGCGACCACUUCGACUGCACGUCCCUCAACUGAACCUGACAACGAGGUGACUACCGAGCUUCCUGAUGAAGGAACUACUGGGGCGGAUGAGAGUGAAGCAACCACUCCAGCUGGUGAAGAGAACCCCACUACUGCAGUUGAUAUUGUUGAGUCAACAACAGAAGUAGCUGAGGAUGAAACCACUGCUGCAGUUGAUGAUGKKGAGUCAGCAACAGAAGCUGAUGAUGAAAGUACCACACCAGUGCAAGAUGUGGAGUCAACAACAGAAGUUGCURAUGAAGAAACCACUACUGCAGUUGACGAGUCAGCAACAGAAGAAGCUGAUGACGAAGCAACUACACCAGUGGAAGAUSUSGASUCAACAACAGAAGUYGCUGAUGAAGAAACCACUACUGCAGUUGAUGAUGAGUCAGCAACAGAAGACGCUGAUGACGAAGCAACUACACCAGUGGAAGAUGUGGACUCAACAACAGAAGUCGCUGAUGAAGAAGCCACUACUGCAGUUGAUGAUGAUGAGUCAGCAACAGAAGACGCUGAUGACGAAGCAACUACACCAGUGGAAGAUGUUGACUCAACAACAGAAGUCGCUGAUGAAGAAGCCACUACUGCAGUUGAUGUGGAGUCAGCAACAGAAGACGCUGAUGACGAAGCAACUACACCAGAGGAAGAUGCGGAGUCAACAACAGAAGUAGCUGAUGAAGAAACCACUACUGCAGUAGAUGAUGUAAUUUCCACUACUGAACUUGAGGUAGAAACCGCAACUGAUGGGGAUGCUUGGGAUGAGACGACAGCAGCAGACGGGGAAGCAUCAACUACAGCGCUUGCGGAUGAAACUACCACUGCUGGUGCAGAGGAAGCGACUACAGCCGCUUCUUCGCAGGAAACCACCACCAGUAGUGCUGCCACUGAAGAGAACACAACUGCAGCCGCCAGCACCUCGGCUAAAGUUGACCCAACUACAACAGCCUCAAGUUCCACAGCAGAACCAUCAACUGUUGCACCAGGAGGACAAGGUCCCUGUGACGAACUGUCCCAGCUGUGUCCUGUCCCGGAUGGCGCACAGCCAGUCUACAUUGCUCUUGAGGACUGUGGCGCCUUCUGCCAGUGCUCCAAUGGGCAAGCCUACUACCAUUCAUGCUCCUCUGGGCUGCAUUUCAACCCCUCAUUGAACGUCUGCGACUGGCCGCAAGAUGCGGGCUGUACUGGAACUAAUGGAACCUCCUCGACCACAUCCAGGACUUCCACUGAGUCUUCGUCGGCUGCUCCCACUACUGCAGCAUCAACCAGUUCAGAGGCUGCUACUUCCACUGCUGCUUCCAGCACUACCACUGAGCAGCUGAGUACGCCGGGUUACCAAAGCAGUUGUGAUGAGUUGUCCAGCUUGUGUCCAGAAGUGGAUGGGGAAGACUCCAUAUAUAUAGCGUUGGAAUACUGCGGCGGAUUCUGCCAGUGCUCUAACGGAGUCGCCAAGUACCUCGCAUGUCCCGAAGGACUGGAAUUCAAUCCUGCCAAGAACGUUUGCGAUUUUCCGCAAAAUGCUGGCUGUACAGGAGUAGCUGGGACUACUUCCACCACUGCCAAUCCCGGUUUAUCACAAAGCCAGCUAGCCGAGGCCUGUUUGAGCAGAGCGCUUCCAUUCUUCCUAAGCGCACAUCCGAACGCCUGCCACGUUUACAUAGUUUGCAACCUGGGCAAGCCUUCCAUUGCUCGAUGCGCUCCAGGCCUACAUUUCAGCCCCUCCAAAAUGACCUGCGUAGCUCCAAGGGACGCUGGAUGCAAAUCGGCUCAACAGCACAAAAUUCCCACAUCUCCAGCCUAUCCGGGUGAUGUGGCUUACCUGUGCUUGGCGCAUCCCAGAAAAGUCUUCCUGCAGGCUCAUCCGCACGACUGCUCCAAGUAUGUGGCGUGCGACCAUGGCCGGUCUGUGGAACUGCAGUGCGCCACUGGCCAACACUUCAACCCCAAGAAUCUUGUUUGCGUUGCUCCGGAACAGGCUGGAUGCGAAGCCACUGCAGUUGCAGGCUCGGAGGGAUUGAGCGAUCAGCUUUCCAGAAUGCUCAAGAACAUCUUCUCACCUUAAUCGAACGGCUGCAACAUAUUGGAAAUAAACGCUCCAACUAAGAUGUU